AAAGCCAAAAAAAAAAAAAAAAAAAAAAAAAAAAAAAAAAAAAAAAAAAAAAAAAAAAAGAAAAAAAAAAGAAAGGAGAAGGAAAAGGGGAAAAAAAAAUUGAAACAAGAAUGGAGGUUUUAAGUGCAGUUGUAACAAAAAUUGCCGAGUUAUUGGUUGCACCAAUUGGACAAUGGCUAUGUUAUUCAUUUGACUACGACAACAACAUUAAGACUAUGGAGGACAAGUUACAGACGUUGCAGUCCAGAAGAGAUAGCGUGCAACAUUCCGUUGAUUCUGCUAGAAGAAAUGGUGAAGAAAUUGAAGCUCUUGUUACAACGUGGUUGACAAAGGCGGAUGAAACUAUUGAAGAGGCCAGAGAAAUUGUUCCAGUUGAAGAAAGAGCGCAGCCGAGGUGUUCUAAUGGGGCAUGCCUGAACUUGAAGCUGCGGCAUCAGCUAAGUCGGAAAGCAAAGAAGAUGGUGCAACUUAUUGAUCACGUACUGGAAAAUGACAAAUUUGAAAAAGUUUCCUACCGUCCUGCUCUAGAGGGGGAGGUGUCUAGGAGACAAAUGGAUUAUAUGGACUUUGUUUCAAGAAUGUCAACUGACAAGGGACUUAUGGAGGCAUUGGGAGAUGCUAAUACCAACGUGAUCGGCCUGUGGGGGAUGGCUGGUGCGGGAAAGACUACACUGGUGAGAGAAGUUGCCAGGCAAGCCAAGGAAAAAAUGUUAUUCGAUGAGGUGGCCAUGGCAUAUGUGACGCAGAACCCAGAUACUAGACGAAUUCAAGGAGAAAUCGCCGACAUGCUAGAUCUAAAGCUUGAUGCGGAGACUGAAAUAGGAAGAGCAUAUCGUUUGAGGCAGAGAUUAACAAAACAUAAGAAGACACUUGUUAUCCUAGAUGAUAUAUGGAUGAAAUUGGAUUUGGAGAAAAUAGGAAUUUCUACUACGGAAUGCAAAGUGGUGCUGACAUCUAGAGAUAAAAAUCUAUUAUCUUGCGAAAUGGGCACCCAGAAGGAUUUUGGGCUGGAAGAAUUACCCGAAAAUGAAGCAUGGAAUUUGUUUGCAAUAAAGGCGGGUGAUUGUGUUAAAGAUCCUCAUUUGCGAUGUACAGCAACUGAGGUAGCUAAGGAGUGUGCAGGUCUGCCUAUUGCACUUGUAACAGUUUCUAAGGCAUUAAAAAACAAGAGAAUAAGUGAAUGGAAGAAUGCCCUGGAGCAGCUAAGAAGACCCGCUCCUGGACACCUCACAAGAAUGCAGUCAAUUAUAUAUUCUUCUAUAGAGCUGAGUUAUAGUCAUCUUGAAAAUGAGGAGGUUCAACAUUUAUUUUUGCUUUGUGCUGAAAUGAGUUACACCAUUAAUUAUCUGGACUUGUUGAAAUAUUGUUAUGGUUUGGGUUCAUUUCAUGGCAUUACUACUUUAGAAGAAGCCAGAAACAGAUUAGAUAGCCACGUUCGUAAUUUGAAAGACUCUUGUCUGUUGCUAGAUUGUCCCCAUGGUUCUGACCAUUGUCAUAUGCAUGAUGUUGUUCGUGAUGUUGCGACAUUUAUAGCGUCAAGGGAUCAUAAUAUGUUUGUAGUGAGAGAAAAUAGUGGGCUAAAAAAAUGGCCAGAUGUAGAUGCACUCAAAAGAUGCAAGACAUUCUCUAUUCGUGGUGGAGAUAUCCAUGAACUUCCUAACGAAAUGGAAUGUCCAGAUUUAAGAUAUUUUUAUGUGUAUGGUAGGGAUCAAUCCUUGCAAAUCCCAGAGACUUUCUUUAAAGGGAUGGGAAAGGUCCAAGUUUUGGAUUUGACUAAAAUGAAACUUCCAUCACUUCCUUCAUCACUUAGUCUCCUUGGAAACCUGCAAACAUUGUGCCUGGAUCAAUGUGUGUUGGAAGACAUAGCUAUAAUUGGAGAGCUCAGGAAUUUAGUAGUUCUUAGCCUAUUCAGUUCUAACUUGUCACAAUUACCCAGAGAAAUAGGAUUGUUAACUCAUUUACGGUUGCUAGAUCUGAGCAAUUGUUCCAAACUUGAAGUGGUUCCACCUAAUGUGCUAUCAAGCUUGGUUGAAUUAGAAGAGUUGUACAUGGGAAACAGUUUUGUUCAAUGGGAGACCGAAGGACCCAAUUUUGAAAGAAAUAAUGCAAGCCUUGCUGAGCUGAAAGAUUUGUCACAGUUGAUCACUUUAGAGAUACACAUUACAGAUGUCAGAAAUCUGCCUAAAGAUCUUUCAUUUGAAAAGUUAGAAAGAUAUGCAAUAUCUAUAGGAGAUUAUGUCUGGGACUCUUCUAAGAAGCGUGAAGCCUCAAAAACAUUAAAACUCAAGUUAAAUACGACCUUUCAAUCAGAGGUUGAGAUUAAAAUGCUACUGAAGAGAACUGAAGCUCUUUAUCUAGAUGAGUUAAAGGGUGUUAAGAGUCUUCUAAACGAAUUAGAUAGAGGAGGUUUCCAACAACUGAAGCAUCUCCAUAUCCAAAACAAUCAAGAGAUUAAAUAUAUCAUUAACUUAAGGAUUUCGGUUGUUGCCUUUCCUGCCUUGGAGACAUUUUUUCUUGAAAACAUGAUGAGCUUGGAAGAAAUAUGUCAUGGCCAACUUCCAUUUACAUCCUUCCGUAACUUGAGAAUUGUAAAAGUGCAGCAUUGUGAUAAAUUGAAAUUUGUUUUCUCAUCAUCCAUGGCUUGGGGCCUUAAACAACUCGAAGAAUUGGAGGUAAGAGAAUGCAGCAUUAUGGGCGCAAUAGUCAUGAGAGAAGAAGGCAGUAUAGAAGACACAGAUGCAUUCUUGUUCCCUCAACUGCGUCGCUUGGCACUAAAGCAUCUUCCAGAGCUCAUAAGCUUCUUGAGCACACAAAAGCCAUUCAUAACUGAUCCUAGAGAAAUCAUUUCGGAUGGAAAGUUUGAUUUUCACAUGCCAAUUCUACACGAACAGGUUGUGUUCCCCAUCGCAAGGUCCUCUUGCAGAUUAGCAAUCGCGCAAGCAACGUCGAGAUUUGAAAAUUUGUCAUACUUAGAGGUGCAGGGCUCGAGUAACAUAAAAUAUAUACUGUCAUUCUCUACUGCUAGAUUUAUGGUGCAACUCAGACAUCUACAUGUACUGGAAUGUGAGCUUGUGGAAGAGAUACUAUUCACAGAAGAAUUAGUGGUAGAAGAAAUAACUCCAAAGACAGAGGUGCUCUUUUCUCGACUAGAAUGCUUGUUUUUAAAAAAGCUUCCGAGCCUCGAAAGAUUCUGCGUAGGAAGUAACAUCGAAUUUCCAUCCUUAAAGAGCUUGAAGAUAGAAUGUUGCCCUAAAUUAAAGACAUUCAUCUUCAAACCUGUCAGGUCAAGCAUGACAGUCAACAAAGAACUCAAGGAAAUGAAUGCAGAGGAGAGGCCUCAUUCUAUUAUGCAAUCUUUCUUCAAUGAAGAGGUUAUGUUCCCCAUCUUGGAUACAUUGAAGUUGUCAUCAGUUAACUUGGCAGAGAUAGAGCAGAACCAAAAUCCGGCAUGUUCCGUUUGUAGAUUAAGAAACAUGCAAGCAACGUCGAGAUUUGAAAAUUUGACAUACUUGGAGGUGGAGGGCUCGGGUAACAUAAAAUAUAUAUUGUCAUUUUCUGCAGCUAGAUUUAUGGUGCAACUCAAACAUCUUCACGUCCUGGAAUGUGAGGAUUUGGAAGAGAUACUAGUCACAGAAGAAUUAGGAGUAGUAGAAGAAAUAACUCAAGAGGCAGAAGUGUUGUUUCCUCAACUAGAGUGCCUGUUUCUAAAAAAACUUCCAAUCCUCAAAAGAUUCUGUGUAGGACAUAACAUCGAAUUUCCAUCCUUAAAGAAAUUGGGGAUAGAACAUUGCCCUAAAUUAGAGACAUUCAUAUCCAAACCUCUCAGUUCAGGCAUGAUGAUCAGCAAAGAACUCAAGGAAAUGAAUGCAGAGGAGAGUCUUCAUUCUGUUAUGCAUCCUUUCUUCAAUGAAGAGGUUGCCUUUCACAGUUUGGAACGAUUGGUAAUCUCCCACGUGGAUUGCUUGAAAAUCAUAUGGAAGAACCAAUUCACAAUAGAUUCCUUUUGCAAGCUUCAAUUUAUAAAAGUUGAAUUUUGUGAAAAUCUCUUGAACAUCUUUCACUCUAAUAUGCUGACAAGAUUCCAGAGUCUUGAGACACUUGUCGUAGCUAAUUGUGGGGUGGAAGAAAUUGUUGCUAGGGAAAAAGGAGCGGAAGCGAUAGCUAGGUUUGUGUUCCCUCAAAUAACUCAUCUACGUCUUGAACACCUACCAAGACUCAAGUGGUUUUACCCUGGAAAGCAUGCUUCAGAAUGGCCAUUGCUAAAAACAUUAACGGUGGAAGGAUGCCAAAAAGUCGACCUAUUUACUUCUGAACUUUUGAGCUUUGAAGAAACACUUCAAGAGAGCGAAGUUGAGAUCUCCAUUAAACAACCCCUUUUCUUGGUUGAUGAGGCUACUUUCCCCAACUUGGAGUCUUUGACAUUGGCGCAUUAUCACACCAUAUGGAGCGGCCAGUUUUUGGAGGAGUUGUUUUGCAAACUAAAAGUUCUUCAGCUGACGAGCAAUCAUAAUGAAUCAGAUGUUUGUCCACCUAAUUUUGUUCAAAGAUUAAACAAUCUGGAGAAACUUGUUUUGCAUCGUAGUUUUUGGGAAGAAAUAUUCCCAUAUGAAGAACUUCAUGGUCAAGAACAACAUGCUGGGAAAGAAGACGCCCAACCUAGCCCAAUUGUUCAAAAUCUGGAAAUUCUAGAAGUGUCUGAAUGUGGAAAAUUGAAAAUUUUGGCACCAUCCUCAGUAUCUUUCCAAAAUUUGUCAGAGCUUGAAAUAUUGAAGUGUCAUGGGUUGAUUAAUUUGGUUAAAUCCUCAACAGCCAAAAGUCUUGUGCAACUCAAAAAACUGAGUGUAUGUGAAUGUGAGAUGAUAACUGAAAUUGUAAGAGGGGAUGGAGGUGAAGGGAAUGAUCAGGUGAUUACUUUCAGCAAAUUGACAAGCUUAAAACUUGAUUGCUUGCCACAACUUUCAAACUUUUGCUCAGGAGGUUAUUCAUUCGAGUUCCCAUCUUUGGAAGAAGUGAUUGUGAGUCAAUGUCAAGAGAUGAAGAUUUUCACUGAUGGAGUCUUGAGCACACCAAAGCUAAAAAGAGUACAAGGAACAAAAGAAGAUGAACGGCAUUGGAAGGAUGACCUGAAUACCACCAUACAUUGGCUUUGGGAGAGCAAACUAUGCAUUCCACCGUCAAAUGGUUGUUCAGAUAAAGGGGUUUAGAAUUCAGAAGAAGACAAAGAUCAUCCUUAAUAUGCAGUAGCUGGAGUGUGGCUCUUCUAUGUUUAUAAAGAAUUGAAAAAAAA